CUUAGCCCUAGAGUCAUCUUUUUAACGCCGAUUACCAAACAGCAAAAACAUCGUUUUACUCUGUACAAGUCCUCUUGAAAGUACAACUGAAAAAGCUUAAAAGCGAGCCUCUGAAGUGUUCAGUUAGCUUUUACUGUUUCGGCCUCACCGGAAGUCAACGGCAACACAAUACAAAUAACCACGAACCACGAACUGGCCUGUUCCGGUACCUGGCACAGGCGGGGGCCUGGGCAUCAGUCUCUUUGGAAAAACAAAAUGGCGGCACACUGAAAAGAAUUUCACAUUUCCACUUAAAAUUUACCUCCAAUGGCGAAGAACGUAAAAAAAUCAAAUGAUCGUGAGUUAUUUGAUUCCUUUUUCCCUGGGCUUGUUGAUGAUGUCGUGAAGGAGAAUGAAAACGACCUAGAAACGGGAGACGCUGUGCGUCACAUGCGCGAGGUAUUAGAGUACAAUGUACCUGGAGGAAAAAGAAAUCGUGGUCUUUCUGUGAUUGGAUCAUUGCGGCAUCUUGUAAACCCCAAUGAGUUAGCAGAAGAUGAUGUGAAAACUGCAGUUAUACUCGGAUGGUGUGUGGAAUGGUUGCAAGCAUUCUUUUUGGUUGCUGAUGACAUCAUGGAUGAGUCUUUAACAAGACGAGGCAAGCCUUGCUGGUACAAAAAGGCAGGAGUGGGCAGUAUUGCUAUCAAUGACUUCCUCCUUAUAGAAGCCACUAUCUACAAACUUCUUAAGAAACAUAUCCGUCAUAAGCCAUAUUAUGUUGAUGUGCUGGAUUUGUUUCAUGAGGUGAGUGUGUAUUACAGUGCAACUAUAUGUCUAUGCUUGGUUCCUAAUUGCUGUCAUUUCCAAGCCAACCCCCGUCUUUACAUUGGGUUAAUUCUUUUGAUGUUCAGUAAAGUGGGCUUAUGAUUUUAAAAACACUUACUGUAAAAUUCUUUGUGUUUGACUAAACUGUCAAAUGCCCCACCCCUGGCCUGGGCAGCCCUUUGUGAGCUUGGAAAUGCCCCAUG